UGUUUUAUCUAAAAACUAAACAUAUUUUCAUAAUAAAAAUGCUUCGAAUGUGUGUCCGCAACAUUUGUACAUCAAACAAAUCGAUGUCAAACUCGGUUUUAUUGAAGGAAAUCGCACAUAACCUAAAAAUUGUUACAGUUUGUCCCAAUCUCAUAAUACGGCAUUUCGCAAGUGAUAUAGAGGAGGAUAAAAAGUUAGAGCGUAUUUACUAUGGGCCUUUGACGCCACAAAUAAAAGCGGUGAAGGUGUUCUCCCUCAGUUCGAGUGUUGCUGGAUUACUAGCACAGCCUAUCAUUAUCAGAGAAGCAGCAACCAUAGGCAGUACCUCCUUAUUAAUAGCUCUAAGCUCUGUAGUGGGAUUUUUCACAUUCGUUACGCCCUUGUUACUGCACGUCAUCACUAAGAAAUAUGUGACAGAAAUUUCCUACGAUCCUACAACAUCUACAUACAAAGCAACCACAAUCAACUUCUUUUUAACACCCAAAGAGCUGGAUUUCAAAGUAGAUGAUGUUGUAGUACCAGACAUACCUGGUAUGUUCACCACGCUACUUGCAAAGAACAAACCAUUAUUUAUUGAAGCACGGCACUUUACCAACCCAAAGUACUAUGCUAAGAUGAUGGGAUAUGACAAACCUAUGGACUUCAAAUUAGGAGAACAAGAUACUGCAGACAAAUAGGAAUAGAUUGAAAUUGUUAUUUAAGUAGUUAAUAAAAUUAUCUUUUCGUUUGUUUGGGUAUUUAUUACUGUAAUUGCUUUCCUGG